AUGAAAAAGGGCUACGAUUUAAGGAUAUGCACCUGGAAUGUCCGAACCCUUAAUUGGGAAGGUGCCUCUAUCCAACUGGCGGAUGCCCUCGAGAAAUUAAAGGCUGACAUUACCGCCAUCCAGGAAAUGAGAUGGACAGGACAAGGUUGCUCCAAGCGAGCAAACUGCGAUAUUUACUACAGCUGCCAUGCGGAGAGGCGCGAAUUUGGAUGCGGAUUUGUAGUAAGCCGGAGACUUCGCCACCACGUCUCCAAUUUCACCCCAGUGAGUGAACGGCUGGCUACAAUCCGCGUCAAAGCUAGAUUUUUCAAUCUUAGCAUAAUUUGCGCGCACGCCCCGACGGAGGAGAAGGACGAUGCCGCUAAGGAUGCAUUCUACGCGAGACUCGAGGACACAUACGACCGCUGCCCAAACCACGACGUGAAGAUCAUCCUCGGGGACUUCAACGCAAGGCUGAUUGACUUCGCCGCGGCGCGAAACAUGGUAGUGAGUAGCACCAGAUUUCGGCACCUCGACAUCCACAAGGCCACAUGGCUGUCCCCUGAUCAAAAAACGCGCAACCAGAUUGAUCAUGUUGUGAUAGACGGAAGGCAUGCCUCAAGCGUGAUGGACGUGCGUACGUUUCGUGGAGUCAACAUAGACUCGGACCACUAUCUUGUCGCAGCCAAGAUACGCAUGCGGCUAUGCCGAGCGAAAAACGUACGCCCCAUCACGCAACGAAAGCUUGACGUCACUAGGCUGCGAUCACAACGGACAGCAACAGCCUACUCCACUCACCUCUCGGAACUGCUCUACCAACCAACCCCUCUUCCUGUUGACGCCGGCGGACUCUGGGCGCACAUAUCCCACUCCAUGCGAGCUGCCGCUAAAACAGCCAUUGGGUUCAAGCGCCCACCCACACGGAACCAAUGGUAUGACGAGGAGUGUCGCGUCGCAGCUGCGGCAAAAAACGCCGCCUACAGAAGAACGCUGCAGUCUGGCGCAACGCGAGCUACGUGUGAACGUUACAGGGAGAAAAGGAAGGAGAGAGGCGGCUUUUAG